UUGAGAAAUCAUGCAGUGUUCAUGGACAUGGUGAAAAAUGGGAUCCAGUAUCUAAAUCAGUGAAAGGAAACACCGAGUUAGAGCCGGAUACCAUGAUAAAACUUAUUAGGAAAGGUUGUCUAAGAUUGGUCACAGAAGAUGAUGCAAUUCGUGUUUAUCACACUAUGGAGAAUGCACGAGUAUAUCAUGGACGAGAAAUGCAAUUUUUUGAAAUCACAGCUGAGCUUGCUCCAGCCGUUGAGUUUUUAGUACACAGCUAUCCAGAAUUCACGAGUGUGGCGAGUCUCCCGGCCGAUACCGUCGCGGAACAAGUGGAGAUCGCCAGCAUGCUGUACGAUAAAGGACUGUUGAUAACUGGUGAACCUCUAGAAUCUAUGCAUGAAAAUUGUGACUCAAGUGAUGAGAAUAAUUGUGAUGACAAUAGUUAAACAGUUCUAUGCAUGAAAAAUGUUCGUUUAUUUGUUUUAUGUUUUGCAAUGAUCCUGAUUAAGGAUUUGAAAAAACGCUUGAGGAUGAAAUCUUCAGAAAAAGAUACUUGUGUAUUUGUGACACGUUGUACACUAAAGACGCAAAUUGGGACAUGAUGUUGUUCUUUAUAACAAGUAAUAUUUUAAACAUUAUUAUUCGUUUUAAAUGUUUGUUCAUGUCGAUUACACAUUUUGACAAUUAUUCAGUUUUCAUAUCCAGGAAAAACCAGAUAAGCUGAAAAUUCAGAAAUGUUGAAAUUGUUACUUAAUGCCCAAUUAGUGUCUUUUUGCCCAACAUGUUAACAUUUUUUGAAGUACUUAACAUAUGUGCUUACAAGGGAGUCAGAUAUUGUUAAAGCUAUUUUUAGAAAAGAAUAUUUGUGCAGAACAGACUUGAUUAAAGAAGAAAGAUAAGCAAGUCUGAAUAUUAAGACAUCACAGAUUUUCAUGUUACAACAAUUAUUUUGCCAUAGAGCUUAUAUACUUGAAUUUUUUUAGUUGAAAUUAAAAGAAAGUUUGGUUUAGGGAAUUUUUUCAAUACAUAUUCAUAAACAUGUAUGUAUAAAAACAAAUUGCCAUCAUGCAUAUAAAAUUUUGAUACUUCUUUGACGUUUACCUUGACAUACUUACCUCCAACAAUGGUGAGUUAGGUACCUGAAAAAGAUAACUUCAUUUAUUUAGGGAAAGAUAUCAAUCUAAAACUGCUUGUAAAGGUAUUUCAGAGCAUUUUGUUUUUUUUUGCAUCAUUGUUGUCUGAAAACCAUUAUAUGACCUUCGACCUUUAACCUAGAGCUAUUGAUUAGGCUAUGUCACCAGUAUAGAGUGAGGUCAGCCAGCAUAUCUGUGCAGUCUGAUCAGGAUCUAUACUGAAUGUGACUCAGAUUUUGUACAUUGAUAUUGAAAUCCUUCUAUUUUUAAAUGGACUGUUCCAAAUUCAAAGCUGGACAAGUCUAUUAAAGAAAUUCAGCAGGGUAAAUGUUAAAGUGUUAACAUGACAUAAGUUUAUAAAUAGAAUGCAAUGAGAAAAUAUUUUCAGACAUAUUACUGCUGUUGACUUAUUGAAAAAUAUGAAGUAAUAAUUAUCUACGGGGGCCAUGAUUUGUUACCCUAAGCAUUUUACAGUGCUAGUUUGAUACACUGUAUUUUUUCUAAUGAUCCAAGCAAUCUAUGUUGAAGAAAUUUUGGUAGAUACAUUUAAUUUACCUUGAUGUUUAAAAAGUAUCCAACUGUUUUCUUUCUAAACAGACAUUUGUUGUGACUUUCUGACCAAUUACACAGUACAGUGCUGACUCUAGGACAGGGACAUAUUUGGGGCACCUGACGAUAUGUAUGUGCCUGAGAUGUGUUCGAUAUAUUACAUAGAUGUAUGUAAUUAAGUGUUUUGGUUUUUGUUAAUCAAAGAGGAGAAAAAAAAUUUAAAUAUGUUUAUUCUUGAAUUAUUGUCUUUGUUCACAGAUAACAUUAAGAAGCUCUUAUUGAUGUUCAUUGUAAAAUUUGCAAUUGAAAGUGAUUUUUGUGAGAUCUGUAUUUUAAAAUUUUUAAUGGGAAUACUAAAGCUUAUGCAUGUAGUUAAACCAUGUUAUCUUAUAACUUGCCUAUUGUUAUUUUAAUCAUCACCUUUUUUGUUAUUCUUUAGUUUAAUUUUUGCACACUUUGAUAUCAAUUUUUCAAUUUUCAGGUAACACUUUAAAGGAACAUUUUAGUCGCCAAAAUGCUUUUUUUUUCUCAAAAGCUUUUUUAAUGUACAGUUACAGUUUAGGAAAGAGCACUCACAUUGGCAAUACAACUUAACAAUUUUAUUGCAACCCUUAAUAUAUAUUUCAGCAAUUUGUUUGAUAAACAUACUGUAUGAAAGACUGAAUACAAUUUUGUUUAUGUUUUGCUACUUUAAUGACAAAGUAUUUCAGAUUCAAUAAUGCUAUCUUUAUUUGAUGAUAAAAAGCAUCUAUUAUAUUCCAAACUUAUUAUAAACCAAAAUCAUAUGGGCAAAAACUUGUUAGAGAUAACAAAUUUGACCAAUUCUUAUUAAAACUUUGCUUGAAUUUUAAGAUGAAAUGAAAUACAAGUUAAGUAUCAUGAUAAAGAAAAGAAGUUAAAAACUAGAAACAUGGUUUGAAGCCAAUUAGAAUUCAGUUUACUAUGGAGAACAGACAUAUAAUAUACUUUAUGAGUAAAACUUUAAAGGCCCAUUAUGCCUCAGAAAUGCUUUUAUUUAUGUUUCUUAAAAGCUUUUCAAUUUUGGUGUGCUUUUUAGUAUCCAAAAAGUUACUUAUUGGCUUAUUACCUUAAUAAUAUUUUUCACCUGUUGCUUUUUGGCAAUAAGUACAGUUAUAGUGAACUGGUAUUUUAUAUGGAAGUCAAAAUACUACUGUUUUUACAUUUUGCUACUUUUAUGACAACUAAUUUCACAUUUAGAGUUACUUUCAUCAGGUAACAAGUAGCGAACAUUCUCUAAAACUGUUAUUUAAACAUUAUAAAAUUCAUGUUUGCCCUUUCUGAGGAAGUAAAAUUUAUUUGUUUCUGAGGCAUAACGUACCUUUAACUAAUAUAAUUUACAUUUCAUUGGUAUUAAGUUUUGUAGACUUCGGAUACGGUGAUAAGAGGAGUUGAUUAUGUCAUUGAAUUCAAUAAAAAACUAUUACAUUUUA